AUGGCAUCUAUGCCCACUCGACAAUUAGGCAAGAAUGGACCAUAUGUAUCAGCCAUCGGUUUUGGAGCAAUGGGUCUGUCAGCAUUCUAUGGAAGCAUUGAUUCUGAUGAAGAACGAUUCAAAGUCUUUGAUCGAGUGAUCGAACUUGGUAGCACCUACAUUGACAGUGCAGAUGUCUAUGGUGACAGCGAAGAAUUGCUUGGAAAAUAUUUUAAGAAAUAUCCACACCAACGUAAAAAAGUGAGUCAUGCUGUAUCAUUUGUGAAUCAAUGA